AACACGGAAGUACUUUUAAUUUUUUUGUGUUGCUGAGGACAAGCUGGUGACUCCUCGUUACAGGGCGGCAGCUUCGAGCGCACAUGGACGACUACAAAAGGGUUGUGUUUCAGCUCGCAAAGCGGUUCACAAAUAUAUUCAGAACACACUAUGCAGCCGGUCUGUAUACCUCAGUGUUGUGUGCAGCCUGUCCGAGUGGUGAGAUGCCUUUGGAUAUACGGCGUAAAAAACAUUAUUUUAUUGGGUUAGGCUGAAAGGCUGUUAAAUUGAGCAUCCCACUGCUAUUGUUCUAGAUGAAUGUUGGGAAUAUACAAGUAGACAAGGCAGUGGUUUUGGUUGGACAGUUGGAAAAACUUGCUGAUGAGUGGUUGGAGGUUGGCCCUUCCGUGGUGAUUAAGGUCUGUUCCUCCAUGGUUAUAGUUAGUUAGCUCGUAGAUUUAGCAAAAGCAGAGUGGGUAGCCACUUUGUCGACGUGCACAAUAGUAACUAACUAGGCACUUUUGCUAACCAUGCCUGGUGGGUUCUUCUAGAUUUAGCGAACUGACGUUAACUAGCUCAAUCUAGUCAAGUAGCCAACAAACAUUCAACACUGAAACUAAAAAGUUGAUUUCCUUGCUCAAGUAUGGGGAUGUAUUUACCGUGCCUUGGUGGACCUGGAAACGACUUGUUCACCACACCAGAUCGAGAGACAAGGAGACUUGAGCUGGCAGAGGCCGCUGAGAAGAGACAGAAAGAGACAACCUACAGGGGUGUCAAAAACCCCCAAGCAGUUGAGAGAAAUAAAAAGAAUAAGGAGAUGGAGAAACAAGAGAUGAGACCGUCUCCGCCUGGAGGAGGAGGAGGGAUGAAGGUUAGUCCUCAUAUUUUCAACACAGAUUAUGUCAUGUCACAGUCUGCCUGCAACUUCAGGAGUGGCAGGUAGGCUAAAGAUAGACAUGGAGAGAUCCUGGAAGUCUCAAUGUAGACUGAGGUUCAGCUAACAACAUGAAGAUGGUACCAGUUGACUUAAAGGCUUUUUUUUUUUGAAUAUCAGCCCUUAUACUAGAUUUUUUAUUUUUAAAUGCAAGCUUUUUUUAGAGGCGAUUGUGUGUCUGCAUCUCUCAACUUCGUAGGAUAGUUUGCCGGGCUUCGACGCUGGUAAAAUAAAUAAAUAAAAGAUUCUGCUGCCCAAUGUUGGCCGUGUGAAUCACAGGACAUGCCUCCCUUAAUGCCAAGAUAUACAAGAGAAUAUGCAAGCCAGCCAAUGGAGCUUUAGAACAGACAGGGUGGCGUAGCUAUGAAUAGAAUAUAAACACUCAGAGGAAAUAUGCUCUCACACUACAUCGAUAAACUGUACCAGGCGUCUUGCAGUGAACUCUCUCUCUUUGUGUUCUCUUUGUCCUCUCGCCUUUCUUUCUCUCAGCCAUUUCCACUUUGCCAGCUUUAACACCAUGGCGCUUACUUCUUUUGCAAUUGUUUCAGACAUUUUGAACUUUGAGGAAUAUUCUUGUGAUCUAUUUACUGUAUAGUAUAUUUUCCUUCUAAAAUUAUUUUAUGCAACAAAGUCCUUUUUACUGUUCAAAAUAGGCCUAGAUGAUUCAAAUGUCAUUUUCUAUUGUAGAUCAGUGUGAAAAGAACUACGUUUCCCAUAGCUACUGAUGAACCACAUGUGAACGUUUUAGAGUUCCCGCACCAGAACUAUUCAGUUGACUUUUCUAUUGUAGAUCAGUGUGAAAAGAACUACGUUUCCCAUAGCUACUGAUGAAUGUUUUAGAGUUCCCGCACCAGCACUAUUCAGUUGACUUCACUUUAGUGUUUGAUUUUCAUAUGUCUGUGCAAUAUAAGUUAUUUGCUACACGUUGUAUUGGUUUUUAAUGUAUGAAGAAAAUGCUAUAUUUUAAAUGAGGUAAGAAGUUUGAGUCGUGAAAGCCUGAUGAAAGUGUUUUAUGCAUGAAUAUUUCUUCUUUUUUUCCUCUCAUUUCAACCUGUUCAGUAAUAUUGUUGUCAUGACAAUGUUCCAGGAAUUAUUUUAUCCAAACAUACACCGGUGUCACAAUGUUCUUUCUUGGGUAUGCAGUCUGUUGUCAGGAUGGUAAUAGGACUACCGUUAUUCACCAGGUUUCAGUCCAUUUCAGUUCAGGAAGUACACUGAAAUUACAAUUAUCUGCAAUGCUUUUCAAUGAGGAACAUUUUUUUUGGAUUUACUUUCUGAAUUGAAAUAGAAUUGACCCCAACCCUGUCAUCCACUGGGGCGUACCUGUCCACGAUGAUAACUCUGCAGAUCUGUCAUCCACUGGGGCGUACCUGUCCACGAUGAUAACUCUGCAGAUCUGUCAUCCACUGGGGCGUACCUGUCCACGAUGAUAACUCUGCAGAUCUGUCAUCCACUGGGGCGUACCUGUCCACGAUGAUAACUCUGCAGAUCUGUCACCCACUGGGGCGUACCUGUCCACGAUGAUAACUCUGCAGAUCUGUCAUCCACUGGGGCGUACCUGUCCACGAUGAUAACUCUGCAGAUCUGUCAUCCACUGGGGCGUACCUGUCCACGAUGAUAACUCUGCAGAUCUGUCAUCCACUGGGGCGUACCUGUCCACGAUGAUAACUCUGCAGAUCUCAGAAGGAAAUGGGAAGAGAGCCUGAACCAGCAGGUGUUAUUGUGCACUUGGAAGUAUUGCAUUUAUACCUGCCUUGCUUUUUAUACUUGAGGUUUCUUCUUCCUAUACCCACCUAGUGCUUCAAAGGCUCUUGCCAUUUUGAGGUGCAUGAAGUCACGCCAAUGUCAUUUUGUUGAAAUAAAGUUGUCAGAUGACUGUUGUUUUUGACCUUUUGACCUGGGGCAAUUGUGCACCGCCUUAUGGGACUCCCGAUCACGGCCGGUUGUGAUACAGCCCAGGAUCGAACCAGGGUCUGUAGUGACGCCUCUAGCACUGAGGUGCAGUGCCUUAGACCGCUGAGCAUAACAAUGUGUUUAUAAAUAAUGUAAAAUAAUAAACAAUUUGUCACAUACACUGGAAAGGUGCAGUUUACAGGGUCAGCCAUAGUACAGCACCCCUGGAGCAAAUUAGGGUUAUAAGUGCCUUGCGCAAGGGCACAUUAACAGAUUAUUCACCUUGUCGGCUCGGGUAUUCAAACCGUCAACCUUUCGGUUACUGGCCCAACACUAACCACUAGGCUACCUGCCACCCUUUAUGAUGGACACACAAAUCAAAUCAGAGUUAAUUGGUCACGUACACAGAUAUAUAUAUAUAUAUAUAUAUAAAAAAGAUGCUUUUAUCUUGCUCCAACAGUGCAGUAAUACACAUAUAAACCAAAAAGUAAUAGAAAGAUAUUAAGAAAUAUCAGAACGAGCAAUGUCAUAGUCCGGAAUAUACAGUGUGUGUACACUACUUGUCAAAAGUUUUAGAACACCUACUCAUUCAAUGAUUUUUCUUUAUUUUUACUAUUUCUACUGGCCUCUUUCUAGAGCUCCGACUUCCCGAUUCAUCUCGAAAGCACCAUAAUAGCUCAGAAAUGAGCGAAAUGACAGGCUACUUUGACACUGACAAACUGAGAAUCUGAGAUCAAUGAAAACCACCUCUUCUUGAGUCCAUCAAUAGCCAACGCCUAGUUGUGUGGAGACUAUAGGAAAUUAUAGUCCUAAAAAUGCUUUCCAGUUUCACUGAUUCACCCAAAGAUGUGCGGCUCACUCACUGGUGAUGGCCUAUGCGCGCGUCCCCGACUGUAGACUAUGCCUUGUAUUGUACACUCCAAUAGGCUAUUUAUCCUCUGUGGCAAACGUUUAGGCGUUCUCAUGGUGUAGUAGGCUAUUCUGAAUUAUUAAAUGUAUUUCUGAACAGACAGCAGUAACUCUAUAACUUUGGCACAUUUAUUUCAAUUUCUCAUGCGUGCUUCAGCUCCUCCAGAACCCUUCGUAUGAUUCUAUAAGGGGAAUGAUGAAGUGCGACGCUGGAGAGAUGAGAGUUGCAGGCUCAUGUCUAUCAGAGCAGAGAGAGAGAUUUUAGAAAGGGAAUCUCAUUCUAGUUUGGUGAGAGAUACAGGGGGGGGGGGGAGAAAAAUUAAGGAGGAGGCAACUCGAAUGAACUUUGUUCGUGUUUAUUAGAACUUUACAUUGUAAAAAGUGACACUUAUUUUUCAUGCCACGAGAGGUACCAGAUCCGGCCAAAUAGGGUCCGGAACGAAACAGUCCAAAACGUAGAGGUGCCGGAUCUUGUUCCGACAGGAUUCGGCUCAAAUUAAGCACUUGAACUUGUGUUCCUCCACCUUUCCUUAGCUCUGUUGUGGAUUGUGUUUCUGUACGCCAAUGGAAAGUCGACAAAACAAAGAGCAAACCAGCCAUGUAUUGAAUACAUGGAAUUGGAUUGGGAUGGUACUGAUGAAUGAAUCAGGCACACAAUCUGCUCAUUUUUGAAAUAUUUUUUUGAAAUCAGGUAUCAAAUUUGAUUUGUAAUAUUGGUUGGUGAAAUAUGCUUAAAAUGAGUCAUUUCCCAUAAUUCUGUACCUUUGGAUAGUUGCACUUCCAAUUUUGAUCAUCAUGAUUUUAGUGACUGCAAAGAAAAUGUAUAGAUCUACUGGGAUUUUUAAAAUACAAAACUAACUUCCUGUUUUGUCCGCUUGGACACAAGAGACAAGUAUAGUCGCGUUAAUCUUUUUUGUUGUUGCAAGCAGUCGUGUUCUUUUGAUGAAUGUAUUUAUGUUUUAAAAAGACAACUACAUUUUGAAAAUCCAUUUCCUGUUUUGCAACAGCUCUGUAGGUCUUAUGGACGCUGUUUUGAAACAUGACAACCUUGUUCCAAAUAAAAUAGUAGGUUAAAAACAGUUGUUUCCUGAUUGAAAUAGUACAAGAGUACACCAUGAGGGACUCGUUUCUCUACCAGCAGGUUGCGGGAGGACCACAGUGCGUCCUUCAGACACGUGAGGGUGGGCCAGAGCUUUGUGGAGGCCUUCGGCCCACCCCAUAACAGCACGAGCUGGAGCGUUAGGUCUUCCCCUGCUGGCGGACAUGAGAUCAGGGCCUGUUUUCUUCCACAGGUCCCUGGCUGGUCUCCCAGGGAACAUAUAUUUUCUUAUGGAAAAGUUUUAUUGUUGCAUUUUCUUUGAAAACAGCUCAUAUAUAUUUUUGUACAUCAUAUUAUACACAUAAAAACGGCAUUAAAGCAUCAAAAACUA